AUGACCCGUAAAGGCAAAGAACGUGAGCGUGACUACCGCUCCGCUUUCAGGCCAGGAGCAGGAGAUCCAGCUUUUUGGUCAUACGAGGAAGACGAAGAGGCCGAGUGGAGCCCGUUGCCCGCAGGGGACAACCAUUACGGGCCACCAGGAGGAGGGUACCCGCCCAACGAGCAGACCUGGGCAAACGAGCCCAAUAUCACUCCUGGAUAUUGGACGCCGCAGCAGCAGUUGAGCGGCGUAGAGACAAGCCAGCCCUUCGGCAACGAAUCGUUGCCAUAG